AUGGAGAGGUACCCGAGUGAUGCUGACCUAGACAUGUGCCCCGUGUGCGGGGACACGGUGUCCGGGUACCACUACGGACUACUGACCUGCGAAAGUUGUAAGGGAUUCUUCAAACGCACGGUUCAAAACAACAAGAGUUACACUUGUUCAGAAAGCCAAGAUUGCAGGAUCGAUAAAACUCAGAGGAAGAGAUGUCCUUUCUGUAGGUUCCAGAAGUGCCUUCGUGUUGGAAUGCGAUUGGAAGCUGUCCGAGCAGACAGGAUGCGUGGUGGCAGGAACAGGUUCGGCCCAAUGUACAAGCGCCACCGUGCCCUCAAGCAGCAGAAAAACGCUCUGCUCCAGAGUCACGGUCUCAAGGCAGAAUACACCCCGGGUCUUAUUUCUCCUCCAACCAGGACACCGUUCAACUUCACCAACAUCAACAUUAACACCACCCCCAGCGACACCAUCACCUCCGACCUCCAUCCACAAACUCACAGCGGCUACAGCUUCUACCAAAACCAACCACGCCACGAGAGCCCCCAGCACUACCACGUAUCGCCACUGGGGGCGCUCUACUCGCCGGUCCAUGCCAUGGCGGUGAUUGGCGACUGCUCUGGCAUCCCCGGCAUCCCCCAGGCCCAGUGCUCUGGCUCCUUCUCGGCCCAGGGGCCUGCACUGCCUCACCUGCUGGUUGAAUUCCUGCGUUGUGAGCUGGAUGAGCUCCAGGUGCGGAGUAAGAUCAUUGGCCGUCUCGAGCAGAUGCAAGGGGAAGGGGGGUGGGGUGGGUAUGGGGUGACCCACAUGUAUCUCAUGGUGGACCAGAUGCUGUUCUACAUCGUGGAAUGGGCUCGUGGGAGCGUCUUCUUCAAAGAGCUGAAGGUGAGUGACCAGAUGAAACUGCUGCACCACUGCUGGUGUGAGCUGCUGGUCCUGGACAUGGUCUCCAGGCAGCUCCAACAUGGCCGACAGGGAAGUCUGGUCCUGGUCACUGGACAGGAGGUGGAUCUGCCGGCAUUAGUCAGCCCUGCCGGUCCCCUGCUCAGAACUCUUGUCCAGAAGGGACAGGAUCUGGUGGAAUCCUUCCGGGAGUUGCAGGUAGACCGCAAUGAGGUGGUCUGCUUCAAGUUUCUCAUCCUCUUCAAUACAAAUGUGAAACACGUUGAAAACCAGUCGUUUGUGGAGAAUGUCAAGGAGCAAGUUCAUAGGGCGCUGCUUGAAUAUACACUGUGUGCCUAUCCCCAAUUCCUUGACAAGUUUGAUAAGCUGCUACUGUGCUGGUCAGACCUAUGUGCCCUCAGCACGCUUGCUGAGGAGUAUCUAUGUUCUAAGGAUAUUUGUGGUGAAGUGCCCUGUAACAAUCUGCUUAAUGAGUUGCUGCAUGCAAAGCACCAUUCCAUGUGAAAGAUGCUAUG